ACAGCGUCGACGUGGUCACGUGACACCAAAAGGGAAGUUUUCUUUAAAAGUUUAGCCAUGUAGAUUUUUUCUUACCUUAAAAUUUUCUGAUUUCUUGUCGUUGUUGUUUAAGACUUUACUUUUGUUAGGACUCUCGUCCAGGGAAAAUAUCGUUAUGCUUUUAUAGAAACACUGUUCGAGCGAGCUGUUAACUCACAUGACUCUCGAUACACUCGAGCACUCAGGGAAAUGAAGUGAAAUGAAGUGAAAUGAAGAUCCGCAGUGUGAAGUGCUCUUCUCUCCUCCUCUGGACCGUCUGGUUCAUUGGGAUCGCCGAGACCCACAAAGGUUCAACUCCAAAUAUUAUCAUAAUGCUUAUGGAUGAUAUGGGAUGGGGUGAUCUAGGUGUAUUUGGCGAGCCUUCUAAAGAGACCCCAUAUCUGGAUAUGAUGGCCUCUCAGGGGAUGCUGUUCCCCAACUUCUACACUGCGAAUCCGCUAUGUUCUCCAUCCAGAGCGGCGUUGCUUACAGGGCGUCUUCCAAUCCGGAAUGGAUUCUACACUACCAACGCACAUGCCAGGAAUGCCUAUACCCCGCAAGAGGUCGUGGGAGGUAUUACGAAGGAUGAGAUCCUGUUGCCAGAGAUCUUAAAAAAACAAGGCUAUGUCAGCAAGAUCGUUGGGAAGUGGCAUCUUGGACACCAAAAGCAGCACCUGCCCCUAGAGCACGGUUUUGACCAGUUCUUCGGUUCUCCACACUGCCAUUUUGGACCCAAUAACCAAAGUGUCCGUCCCAACAUCCCGGUUUAUAACGGCUCCGAAAUGAUUGGAAGGUAUUAUGAGGAAUUUAAAAUUGACAGGAAGACUGGGGAGUCAGACUUCACACAGCGAUUAUUAAAGGAAGCAUUGGACUUCAUCUCACACCAAAACACAGCCCAUCAGCCAUUUUUUCUCUACUGGGCCCCAGACGCUACACACGGGCCAGUUUAUGCUUCCAAGGAAUUCCUGGGUCGAAGUCAGCGAGGAAGCUAUGGUGAUGCUGUGAUGGAGCUGGACUACAGUGUGGGAAAGAUUCUGACUCAGCUAGUAAAACUUGGCAUCGAAAGAAACACUUUUGUCUUCUUCACUUCCGAUAACGGUGCUGCACUGACGUCUGGACCAUGGCAAAGUGGUAGUAACGGCCCGUUCCUGUGUGGAAAGGAGACGACUUUUGAGGGAGGGAUGAGGGAGCCCGCUAUAGCUUGGUGGCCCGGACGCAUCCCAGCAGGCACGGUGAGCUAUCAGUUGGGCACCGUGAUGGAUCUUUUCACUACCAGCCUCGCUCUAGCUGGCCUUAAUGCCCCCGAUGACCGGAUCAUCGAUGGCCUGGAUCUCAGUUCCACCCUCUUUAACAAUUCAGUAACAGAAAGGCCUGUUUUCUAUUAUCGUGGCAAUGAGAUGAUGGCAGUGCGGAUCGGACUGUACAAGGCGCAUUAUUGGACGUGGACCAACUCGUUGGAGGAGUUAAAGCAGGGUAUAAACUUUUGUCCUGGUCAGGAGGUUCCUGGGGUCACCGAUCAUAUUCAAAAGGAGCACACCAUGCAGCCACUCAUCUUCCAUUUGGGAAGGGACCCUGGCGAGAAACAACCAAUCGAUGUCCUGUCGAAGGAAUAUCUGGAAGUUCAAAGACGUAUCAAUGCUGUAGUGGAGCAGCAUAAGAAGACACUCAUGCCCGGAGAGCCACAGUUAAACAUGUGUGAUCUGGCAGUGAUGAAUUGGGCUCCACCAGGAUGUGAGAAGUUAGGGAAGUGUCUCACACCACCACCGUCCCAGCCAUGGAAAUGUGACUGGCCCCACUGAUGCAUACAGCACGUAUAAUUCCGUAAUAAAGUGAAAUUCCUAGCUGGAAAAACCAACAAUUAAGCAUUGCACUGUUCAUCUUUAUAUGUUUCUUGUUUACAGAUUCUGAAUGCAAUCAUAAAAUGAAUUUGAGUUCUUUAAUUACUUUUAGUUGAAUUUAAAAGUCUCUAUCAUUUAAAAAAAUUUAAUGUUAGGUUUAUUUUGACAAUUUAAUGUUAUUUUCUUCCCCAUAUGAUUUAAAUAAACAUAUGAUCUAAUAAACACUCUAACGAUAAAUAAAGUUUUGUAAUUUAAGAAUUUAUAGAGCUUAUACGUAUGAAAGGCGUUCACGUCAAACUGGUACUUUUGAUUGUGCAGAAUAACCAAACACACUUAUGAGAAUAAAUUAACUUCUCUAUAUAUAAUCCUCUGCUACACUAAUGCACUCAUCCCAGUGUUUCACUAGUGCUUGGUUUUUACCCAUCGAGGUAGAAAGUUUCCUCAACUAGUGCCUUGAUCAUACUGCCAUGUACAGGGGAUGUGGCAAUACUAACAGCUGCGAUCACCGGAACGACUGCAGUGGACUCUGAAACACCUCAGCCAGGAUAAUCAUUUACAUAUUUUUGGCCUCCUUUAAAACAAUCGCAACGUUAAACUGUCUCAUCAUUGUAAGCGUCAAUUAGUUUAGCACCUUCAUUCAUGGGAAAUUUCAUCACGAGUCCCAGUUUGACUUAAACACUCUUAUAUUUGAAAUCUUAAGUAAUGGCUGUAGUAAUCUUGGUUGCCAUUAAGGUUUUUUUUUUUUAAUUGCUCCAACUUUGUCACGUGACAUAGCGACUGAUUGGUUGGUAGGUAGGCGGUGAAAACCUCAGGGCUGUGUCUCAGUUUGAUGUCCUAAAGUAAAUGAUGAUUUAUUUAUCUCGGUGGACAAAAUCCCAUGUUGCACCACCAACUGUAGGCUUGCCUACGCCACUCACUGUAUCUUAGAAUGUUUAUUUAUUUACUUUUAAAGUAAUGUUAAUGCUUUUAUCUUUUCUUUACAUUGAAAUAUAUUGCUGUCCAAAACACAAAGUGGGAUUUCAAUAUUCCUAGCUAUUUGUCUUUGCGUCAGUCCUCCGUCAGAUUGACCAACAGUCUGGCCUCUUUAAACACUUAUUUAGAAUUGUCACUUUUAGAUCUGCUUAAAUAUGGGAUUAAUCUAAUAUGAAAAGAAAGAAACAAAUAGAAGACAUACUGUAAUAAUGACAUAAAUGUAUUAUUAUUAUGGUUAUCUACUUCUUGCAUGUCUUUAACACAUUAAGCUUGCACAGAUUAUGCAAAUAGCCUUAAUUUGUCAAUGAAAACUGAGACUUGACUGACUACCUCAGUAACUGAUCUAGCCAAAAAUAAGAGGAUAAAAAAAACAGAGAAAGAGAAAAAACUUGACAAUGCUAGAGAAGGCGGCAUUUUCCUUAUAUCUGAUACAGCGUCCUGAAAAAAAACCUCAAAAGUGUCUACAGAAAGUAUAAUUUAUAUAAUGAGAUAUUUACAUAAAUACUAAUGAUCACCUGAGAAAAAGAUUUUGUUCUGCACCUAUAUACAAGUUGACUUAUCUAUACAUUUCUUUUUUCUGGACUCUCUGCUCUCUUUUCACCUUCCAAAAAUGUCCCAGUUAGUUAACAGCCUAUUCUGAAUGAAUUAGAGUCAUGGUCUCUUUGGGGCGUGGUCGUACCUCAAGUUCAAUAAGUAUGUUCUGUAUGCACUGAGAACUUGAGUAGAAUAAUGUGGUUAUUUUUUGGAAUAAAGGAUUUUUUUUUUCCAGA